CAUCCACAGCCACACACAGAGUUUAUCCACUCUUUAUCCCCAAUUCAGUGAAAGAAACAAAACAAAAAAAAAGUUUCAAUCUUUCAACAUUUCGUUUGCCAAAGUUCUAAACUUUAACAAGAAACAGAGUACUACCGCCAUGCUUCUCAGAGGCCCAAUCUCCACUCCUCCUCAACCUUCUCUCCGGUUAAGAGCCACCUCAAACGCAGCACAGCCAUCAUCACAAGCUGUGUUUCCGUCGGCGAGCUACUCGAUUACCGACGAGGAUCUCCACUCCAAAGGCUUCCUCCUCCGCCGCACCGCCGAAGGCCUGAACCUAGACCAUCUCAACUCCGUCUUCGUCGCCGUGGGGUUCCCGCGGCGAGACCCCGCGAAGAUCGAGGUCGCCCUGCGGCACACCGACGCGAUGCUGUGGGUGGAGAGCGAGAAGACGCGGCGGCCGGUGGCGUUCGCGAGGGCGACGGGGGACGGAGUGUUCAACGCGAUCAUAUGGGACGUGGUGGUGGAUCCUUCGUACCAGGGCUCGGGGCUCGGGAAGGCGGUGAUGGAGCGGCUAGUGGAGGAUCUGCGGAGGAAAGGGAUCUGCAACAUCGCUCUGUAUUCGGAGCCCCGGGUUCUCGGGUUUUACCGCCCGCUCGGGUUCGUUUCCGACCCGGAUGGGAUCCGAGGGAUGGUGUAUGUACGCAAACAGAGAAAAUGAAUAAACUUUUUUCUUCGAUUUAACA